AUGUCUCUUGGCGCCUUUCGGCGAAACUUGGCCCCUCGACCUCGCCGACCCUGUCGCCCAGCCCGAGCGGAGAGGCCGGUUCCGAUCGACGCCCCCCUCCCUCCACACUCGCCCAACUACCAUUCCGGGUCGGGACAGGGCAGGGCAUCGUUUGGAGCCACUAGACCGUCUUCUGUCCGUCGGCUCGGCAACUCGGUCCCAUGUUGGAUAGUUGCUGAGGGGCUUGUCGAACGACGCGUUGUGCACCCGACAUGUACUCCUCCAACCUGCCGCCGGGGCGAGCCCUUGAGAGGCUGA